CUCCUCUGGGUGCUGCUGGCCGCCACCAUCAUCGGCCUGCUGCUGCAGCGGCUGGCGGCUCGGCUCGGCGUCGUCACCGGGAUGCACCUGGCCGAAGUCUGUAACCGCCAGUACCACACGGUGCCUCGGAUCAUCCUGUGGUUGAUGGUGGAGCUCGCCAUCAUCGGCUCAGACAUGCAGGAGGUCAUCGGCUGCGCCAUCGCUUUCAACCUUCUCUCCUCCGACAGGAUCCCUUUAUGGGGCGGCGUCCUCAUCACCAUCAUCAACACGUUUUUCUUCCUCUUCUUAGACAAAUACGGUCUCCGGAAGCUGGAGGGUUUCUUCGGUUUGCUCAUCACCAUCAUGGCCAUCACCUUCGGAUACGAGGUACAAGUACUCACAUAUCUGCACACAUGACUGAGUAAAGAUACGUCAAUCAUGUUUUCCACAAUGUUUCUCCUCCUCUUCAGUCGACUUUUUAUAACAUCCAGCGUCAGAGCUAAAUAAGACACAGACACAUCAGUGAUCCACGAACUUUGACAGAAAAAAUAACCA